AUGAUAUCACUAAAAAACAGAGCAUAUGACCUCUGUGACCCUGAACAUCUGGGGCAAGAGCUAGACCAUGUUCAGGAGGUACUUAAAAAGAACGGAUAUAGUGUAGGGGAUGGGCGACUAUUGCGACCGCUGAAGAGAGCCAGACAUCCAAACGUGAGCAGACAACCUGCCUUCAUGCCUUAUAUCAAGGGUGUAACAGACAAGAUAGGAUCCGUCCUUAAAAAAUUUUCGAUCCCGACGAUCUACACACCUGAGGCUAAACUUCAUGAUAAGGUAGGCACGGCGAAGGAUGUACUGCCGCUACAAAGCCCAGGUGUUUAUAAGAUCAACUGCAGCUGCGGUAGUUCCUACAUUGGGCAAACGAAGCGGACCAUUGCUGAGAGGCUCAAAGAACAUAUCGCCGCAGUCAAAAACCGACAGAGCAACAAAUCAGCGAUAGCAGAACACCUGCUCCAGGCUGGUUCUAAUCACUGGGUAGAAUUCCACAAAUUCUCUCCACUGAUCGCCACUACCAUACAAGACUUGUGCCCCCCCGAAGGUGGAGAAGAAGCCGAGGAAGAAGCAGCAGAAGAAGAAGAGGAUGAGGACACGCGGAAGUUGAAAGAAGAAGAAGCAAAGAGGAAGGCUGAGGAAGAAGAGGCGCGGCGGAAAGCAGCGGAGAUACCACCCCCAUUGCCACCGCCACCACCCUCACCACAACCGGAGCCCGAAGUGCCUUUGGCGCCAAUGCAGUUAGCAGAGGAUGAAGUUCAAACUCUGCCCGCAGUCAAUGUCGACCGUCGUGUUCUUCUCACGGAAGACGCUCAGUAUCGUUUCAAACUACGGAAAAUUCGCAAGAAAAUGACACCUCCUCUCAUGGAGGAUCAAUUUGAGGCCACUCCCGAAGAAGAGCUCAAGAAACCGACCAACUUCAAAGACCUACCUGAUACCUCACAAAUCAUUAGAGGAUCUACCACUGUUUCGGAAUCGGGCGCCCCAGAAACUAUUGAUAGGUUGCCUUUUGGAGCAAUUAUGGCAAUAGUGACAUCUUAUAAAUACUCUAUCAAUACGUGGACUCCUGGUAUUGUGGAUUUCAUAGUAGAUACGGCGUUGAGACUUUACGAAAACAAACAGCAGAAGUUUCAACUUGCACCUGUUCAUAUUAUACCUAAAAUUGCACUCGGUCAUCAGGCGUAUCAUGCUAAUAUUGAUGUUGUGGGAGAAGGCGCUAGCUGGCAAAUGGAGCAUGUGUUAGCUCGGAAAUUCUUUACAAAAUUUGACCGCGGCAUGGUCACAACUGCGUCGUACAGUUGUGCAUUUUUCAAAAGAAAUGGGCUCUAUUAUCUCUUUGAUGGUAGUCCUUGUAACGCAAUGGGCCUGAGAGACGAUUCGGGCAAUAAGGGAAAAGCAUGCUUCUUAAGAUUCCGCACACUACACGACCUCGUGAGCAGAAUUAAUUACAACAAAGACGGAGGAUCAGAUGACCAACAAUUUAUAUUAAGUAGAAUACUAGUUAGAAGACUCCUUAAAGAGGCUCGCACUAAAUUACCCGAAGAUCACGACUUCUCUACUGGUAAACCUACGUCAAAAAAAUCUAAACAAACUAUUGUAGCUUCUGAAACGGAGGCUGAAAGCCGACAGUUAGACGUUAAAGAAAUGAAGAGCCAAACGACGGUUGGGUAUCAACUGGUGGAUGGUGUUUAUCGAAUAGAAGGAACUACUUCACUUAAUCAGAGAAACCCUAGCUCAGAUGUGAAGUCUUGUCAUUUCGUUUGCUUAAUCGCAAUGCUAAUGGCCGCGAUGCACCCGAUCAGGACGUGGGACCAUGUCAUGGUUGAUGUUUGUAUAGAAAAAGGUUUAGAAAUACACGAAAAAGCUACAAACCUGAAUGUUUGUGAAAAGAGAGUUAUUAAAAACGUAAUCUUGGACGGAAAGUUCAUAAACAUUAACAUUAAAAAAAUUAUAGUUGUUAACGAAAAUCCGGAGAAAAGACUCGAGCAAUAUUUAAGGGCUGUAUUGAAAAGAAUGCGUUACGUUAUUAUACGAUAUCCUCAGUGUAGUUUAGUAAUAUGCCAAACAGAAGGGUUUUAUCAUCUCUUUGACCCCUACCCGCCGCCAAGUGAAGAUUUCAAAGAAGAAGAUAAGCAAGGCGAAGAGGUGCCUUCUAAAAAAGGAAGUGGAGUAGCUUCUUGGACAUUAUAUCGUUCUAUGGAAGCUCUUGUUCGGCGAAUAAAGAAAGUGUUACCAGGAAAGCAAGCUGAUGAUCCCGAAUUUUAUACUUUUGAACUGACUUCAGUGAAAAGUGCUCCUCGACAUUCAGCUCUGAAUUAUAGACUAAGUCCUCUCUUUAGGCCCGACGAUAAUCCUAACUUACCUUAUCUAAAACGAAGAAAAGUGCGUCCCAUAGUUGACGAGAAAAUGUAUUGGUUAAAUAUUCCAUCGAUACCAUGGUCUCGGAUGAACGCCGUCAAUGACUUGGGCUUCGACAGGAAAACACCGAAAACUAUGUGGAAAGAUUGGGAUAUCGAAUUUCCGGGUGAUUUGUAUUCAUUGUGGGGCACUAUACAUCCACUGGAUAAACGCUUUGAGGAAGAACUUCGCGGUAAACAAUACCUAGCAACUAAUGUCGUGGCUAUCGGUAUGACCCAGGCCUGUAACAUAAGCGCUUGGACGAGCGGAUUCCUCGAUGGAAUUGUUUAUGGUGGUAACAGCUACCAUAAAAAGUGCGCUGCUAAAGUUGGCUCGGCUCCUAAUUACGAAAUUAGUAUUACCGAUUUAGAUACUAAAUUUGAAGAUAUGUAUCCGUUUGUGUUUACAGUUAAAUUUGAGAAAAUUAUUUUUGGAUUUGUUUACAACAUAUAUCCUGAUCGUUUCAAUUUGAGUAAGGCGUUAUCAUAUUUCUUUGAAAAGAAUACACUUGGAAUACUUACUAGUCCGGCUAAAAACCUAGCAUUUGGUAGGAUUGGAUCGUCGUACUUCAUGUUUGAUUGUCAAAGUUAUGGCGCGCCGAUAUUCAGUCCUGGUCAAGGAGCCGCUUAUAUGUUGAAAUGUGAGAGCCUGAAUAGACUCAUUUACUGCAUGACGUUAACUUUAAAUAUUCGUAGACAUGGGCAACAAUUUCAUUUAUUCAGUGUGUCUGUACAAGUUUCUGAAAAAUCUAAAUAA